GACUCUCAACCACUGCGCCACCAGGGAAGCUCUCACUUGUUUCUUUUCCUGCUUGUCCAACUGUUCCCUCUUGUCUCCUUUGUGGACUCUUCUUCUUCGGCCCUGUUGAUGUUUGCCAGGAUUUUGCCUCAGUUUGCUUCUAGUUCUGUUCAUCGUCUCUAAUCUCAGUGGCUCAGAACCUCUCAGAUCUGUAUUUUUAGUUCAGAGGACUCUCCUGAGCGAAACUCACUACUGAGGUUUACCACUUGGAUAAUCCUCAGACACUUCAACACUUUCAAAAUUGAUACAACCUGUAUGUACCCUAGACCUGCUCUGUCUGUAUUAUCCAGGUUGAUGGCAGCUAUUCAAUCAAAAAGCCUGGAAUCUGGGAGCCAUUCUUGAUUUCUUUUUCUCACAGCAUUAUAUUUCCUAGGCUUAUCAUUGUGCCUCUAAUACAGCCAUUGACUCACACUCUGUCCUAGUCCUAUCACCUGAGCUGUAUCAACAGCUUCCUAACUGAUUUCCUUAUUUCUAAAGCUGCACUGUUCACUAUGGUAGCCACAAGUGGCUGUUUAAAUUAACAUUAAAUACUGUUUUAAAUUUAGUUCCUCAGAUGCCCUAGCCUCAUUUUAAGUCCUCAUUAGCCAUGUGUGGCUAGUGGCCAUCAUAUUGGAUAGCACAAAUUAUAGAACAUUUCCAUCAUUGAAGAAAGUUCUCUCGAACAGUGCUGCUCUAGAUUUUUCUCUCUGCCUCUGCCACAAUACUGCCAGGAAUGAGCUUUCCAAAAUACAACUCUAGCCAUAUGCUACUGUUUAAGCCCCAUAUUAAUUUCUCAUUGCCUGUGUGAUAAAGUCCAAAUUCGUGUGCUUGCCAGAAAGGUCUGCCUACCUCUCCAGUGUCAUGUCUAGCCACUUCCUCUUGGGCCCUAUAUUCCAGCCGUAUUGAACUGUUCCCCAGAUACACUAUUUUGUUUUACACUGUGUUUUACACAUACUGCUCUCGCUACAUGAAAAUGCUUUUCCCCAGUCCAUCUAAUCCCAAAUACCAUCAUCUGAAAAGCCUACCCUUGCCUUUCAAGUUGAGUUGACUGCUCAUCCCUUGGUGUCCCUUUCGCUUAUGAUUGCACCUUUCAUAGUGAAUGGCAUAUAUGUGAUGCCACAUGUUUCUCUCCCUUACUAGACUUUGAUCUUGAGAACAGGGCCAUGUUGUUUUGUUUUGUUUUUAUUUUAAAUGCCCCCAGCUCCUGGCUCAGGACCUGGCCAAUAUGAGGUGCUCACAAAGUGAGCAAAUGUUGAAGGAAGUUGAUGUUUACAUAAGUAUGUGACUUAGGAUCUUAGUUCCCUGUCCAGAGAUUGAACCUGGGUCCCGGCAGUGAACGCACGGAGCCCUAACCACUGGACCGCCAGGGAAUUCCCAAAAACGCCUGUUCUGAUUGAAUGAAGAGAAAAGAUCCUGCAGAGGGUGUGAGAGAAUGAAGAAAGGGGAAAUCUCACUAGCUCCUACUCCAGGGUGGAGGGAUGAGCUGCAAAACCACACGUUCCUGCACACAAUGUACUGCCAGAACGGGAGUCCCAGCGUGGGGCUCUCCGAAGCCUACAACGAGGACCAGCUUUUCUUCUUCGACUUUUCCCAGAAUAUCCGAGUGCCUCGCCUGCCAGAAUUUGCUGACUGGGCUCACAAGCCUCGAGAUACUUCUAACAUUUUCUUUGACAAAGCAUUCUGCAGGGCGAUCAUCGAGGAAAUUGGCCCAGAGCUUGACGGGCAAAUCCCAGUGUCUAGAGGGCUCCCCAUCGCUGAGGUGUUCACUCUGAAGCCCCUGGAGUUUGGCAAGCCCAACACACUGGUCUGUUUCAUCAGUAACCUCUUCCCACCCACACUGACUGUGAACUGGCAGCAUGAUUCGGCCCCUGUGGAAGGAGCAAGUCCCACUUUUGUCUCAGCCGUCGAUGGACUCACCUUCCAGGCCUUUUCUUACUUAAACUUCACACCAGCACCCGGUGAUAUUUUCUCCUGCAUCGUGACUCAUGAGCUUGACAGCUACACAGCAAUCGCCUUUUGGGUUCCCCAGAAUGCGCUGCCCUCCGAUCUUCUGGAGAACGUGCUGUGCGGCGUAGCCUUUGGCCUGGGUGUGCUGGGUAUCAUUGUUGGCUUAGUCCUCAUCAUUUACUUCCGAAAACCUUGCUCAGACUGACUCUUCCUGACCAGAGUCUGAGGCCAACAGCUGCACCCAUCCAAGCAAGAGGUGUUCAAGUUUCUCACAUCUACCCAGGAUCUCUCCUUCUCAGAGCAGGAGGCCCUGGGCCUCCCCCCAGGGUGUGUGUGUGUGUGUGUGUGUGUGUGUGUGUGUGUGUGUGUUUGUGUGUGUGUGUGUACAGGAUUCUCAGCUGGGGGCUCUGCUGUCCCUGGGCUUUUGCAUCCAGGGGAACCCAGAGUGGCUUUCCUAUCAUGACCACAUCACUGCCAU